AUGUUGUGUGACGAACACUUGACAAAAUUACUGGACUUAGUGACGGACAAUGGGGGCAGUCCUGAAGUUGUAAAGAGUGAACCAUAUGGCGAGAAGGCUGAUGUCUGGGCUGCGGGGUGCAUUCUUUAUCAGAUGGCAACUCUGAAGCCACCUUUUUACAGCACCAAUAUGCUCUCCUUGGCAACUAAAAUAGUAGAGGCUAUGUAUGAACCAGUGCCAGAAGGAGUUUACUCUGAAAAAUUGUCAGUUACUAUUAAAAGGUGCUUGACUCCUGAUGCAGAGACUCGUCCAGACAUAGUAGAAGUCAGUUCAAUGAUAUCUGAUGUGAUGAUGAAGUAUUUAGAUGGAUUGUCCACCUCCCAAUUUGCUUUGGAGAAGAAGCUGGAGCGCGAGAGGAGACGCACCCAGAGAUAUUUCAUGGAGGCUAAUAAGAAUGCAGUGACAUGUCACCAGCAGCUUGCCAUCUUAUCUCAUGAGCAUUCUGAGAAGUCAAGCCUCAGCAGCAGCAGCAGUGGAGCAGCCAGUUUCAAAAGCGAAUUUUCAGAAACAACUGACAUUCCAACCGAAAACUUUCAUCCAACAUGUGGAAAAGAUGAAGACAGAACAUGUGAUGAAAUCCUAUCAGAUGACAACUACACUUUAGAAAACUCUGAGAAAGAUGUCUUCUCUGAAUUAGAUGAUGAGCUGGACAUAUCAGAUAAUUCCAGCAGCUCCAGUUCAAGUCCUUUGAAAGAAUCUGCAUUUGGUAUAAUUAAACGAAGUUUCAGUGCUUCUGAAAGACCACCUCAGACAAGAGAUUAUAUUGGAGGCCUAGGAUCAAGACCAAGACCAGCUUUGCUGCCUCUUGAUCUGCUUCUGAGAGUACCUACGCUCAUGUUCAGGGCCAACGUUAAGAAAAUAGAGACAUCGUUAGUGACAGGGUGGCAGUCUUAUAGCCUUCCAGCUGUGGUUCUUCGCAACCUAAAAGAUCAUGCAUCUGCAGGAAUUGCUGUGUCACAAAGGAAGGUGCGCCAGAUCAGUGACCCUAUUCAGCAGAUUCUAAUUCAGCUGCACAAAAUAAUCUACAUCACUCAGCUUCCUCCAGCUUUGCACUGCAACUUGAAAAGAAGAGUUAUUGAGAGAUUCAAGAAAUCUCUCUUCAGCCAACAGAGCAAUCCUUGUAACUUGAAACUGGAAGUUAAAAAGCUGCUCCAGGGUUCUCCUGAACUGAUUGAGCCCAACUUUUUUACAGCAGAUUGCCAUUUAUUACUUCACUCCACUGGGGGAAAUAUAUUGGCCCCAGAUGAUAGAACAGGCUUUCCUGGCAGUUUUGACAUGGAGGAAGGAAUGACAUAUGAACAGAUGCAGUCUGUGAUUGAAGAGGUUCUGGAGGAAAGUGGUUAUUACAAUUUCACUUCUAACAGGUGA